GAGCAGCCAUGUCACCAUUUCUUCGAAUUGGUUUGUCCAACUUUGACUGUGGGUCCUGCCAGCCAUGUCAAGGAGAGGCUGUUAACCCGUACUGUGCUGUGCUUGUUAAAGAAUGUGUUGAAUCAGAGAAUGGGCAGAUGUAUGUUCAGAAAAAGCCUACCAUGUACCCACCCUGGGACAGCACUUUCGAUGCCCAUAUCAACAAGGGAAGAGUAAUGCAAAUCAUUGUGAAGGGGAAAAAUGUGGACCUAAUAUCUGAAACGACCAUAGAACUCUACUCCCUGGCCGAGAGAUGCCGGAAGAACAAUGGGAAGACAGAACUAUGGUUAGAACUGAAACCUCAAGGCCGAAUGCUAAUGAACGCAAGAUACUUUCUGGAAAUGAGUGACACAAAGGACUUGGGUGAACUAGAGACUGAAGGCUUCUUUGCUUUACAUCACCGCCGGGGAGCCAUCAAACAGGCCAAAGUCCACCACGUCAAGUGUCAUGAGUUUACCGCCACCUUUUUCCCACAACCCACUUUCUGCUCCGUUUGCCAUGAGUUUGUCUGGGGUCUGAACAAACAGGGCUACCAGUGUCGACAAUGUAAUGCAGCAAUUCACAAGAAGUGUAUUGAUAAAGUUAUAGCUAAGUGCACAGGAUCAGCUAUCAAUAGCCGAGAAACCAUGUUCCAUAAGGAGCGCUUCAAAAUUGACAUGCCGCAUCGAUUUAAAGUCUACAAUUACAAGAGCCCAACUUUCUGUGAGCACUGUGGGACUCUGUUGUGGGGACUGGCAAGACAAGGACUGAAAUGUGACGCAUGUGGCAUGAAUGUACAUCACAAAUGCCAAACAAAAGUGGCUAACCUUUGUGGCAUAAACCAGAAGCUAAUGGCUGAAGCCCUGGCAAUGAUCGAGAGUACUCAACAGGCUCGCUGCUUAAGAGACACUGAGCAUAUCUACAGAGAAGGUCCAGUUGAAAUUGGUCUCCCACGUUCCAUGAAAGAUGAAACAAGGCUACCAUAUUUGCCAACACCAGGGAAAAAAGAGCCUCAAGGAAUCUCCUGGGAUUCUACCAUGGACGGGAUGGAUAAAAUCUGCCAUCUUCCAGAACCUGAACUGAACAUAGAACGACCAUCUCCACAUAUUAAAUUGAAAAUUGAGGACUUUAUCUUACACAAAAUGUUGGGGAAAGGAAGUUUUGGCAAGGUCUUUCUAGCAGAGUUCAAGAAAACCAAUCAGUUUUUUGCAAUAAAAGCCUUAAAGAAAGAUGUGGUCUUGAUGGACGAUGAUGUGGAGUGUACGAUGGUUGAGAAGAGAGUCCUUUCGCUGGCCUGGGAGCAUCCGUUUUUAACGCACAUGUUUUGCACUUUCCAGACCAAGGAAAACCUCUUUUUUGUGAUGGAGUAUCUCAACGGAGGAGACUUAAUGUACCACAUCCAAAUCUGCCACAAGUUUGAUCUUUGCAGAGCAACGUUUUAUGCUGCUGAAAUUGUUCUUGGUCUGCAGUUCCUUCAUUCCAAAGGAAUUGUCUACAGGGACCUGAAGCUAGAUAAUAUCCUUUUAGACAAAGAUGGACAUAUCAAAAUAGCAGACUUCGGAAUGUGCAAGGAAAACAUGUUGGGAGAUGCAAGGACAAACACUUUCUGCGGAACUCCUGACUACAUCGCCCCGGAGAUCUUGCUGGGUCAGAAAUACAACCAUUCUGUUGACUGGUGGUCCUUUGGUGUUCUCCUGUAUGAAAUGCUCAUUGGUCAGUCACCUUUCCAUGGACAAGAUGAAGAAGAGCUCUUCCACUCCAUCCGAAUGGACAAUCCCUUCUACCCACGAUGGCUUGAGAAGGAAGCCAAAGACAUUUUAGUGAAGCUCUUUGUGAGAGAACCUGAAAAGAGGUUGGGAGUGAGGGGAGACAUCCGCCAGCAUCCUUUGUUUCGAGAGAUUAACUGGGAAGAGCUUGAAAGAAAGGAGAUUGAACCACCUUUCAAACCUAAAGUGAAAUCACCAUAUGACUGCAGCAAUUUCGACAAAGAGUUCCUGAAUGAGAAACCCCGGCUGUCGUGUGCUGACAGAGCGCUCAUCAACAGUAUGGACCAAAACAUGUUCAGAAACUUUUCUUUCAUCAACCCAAGGAUGGAGAGGCUGAUAUCCUGAAUCCCCAUUCUCCAGAGACACAGAGGAACUUGCUGUUUCUCUAUGAACUGCUUCAAGCGACACUUCUUGAGUUCCUAUUUCAACUUGGAAAGGAAAAACACUCAUCAAUAAAGGUUGAGACCUUUUAGCUCCUCCCGUGACUUUUUAUCUGUAGCAGAAACUAAUGAAUUCCUUUGGUUUAUCCCCUGUCAUCUUUGCUAGAAACUCUUGAAGUUGGCU